AUGACGCUCCGCGACACGUACACCAGGUUCCUGGCGACGCCUUCCUCGGGCGCGCUGGCGGACAAUGCCUCUCUUCACUAUGUCACAACUACGACCAGCAUCAACGACGCGACCGCCAUCAUCAAGCACUUGUCUGUUCAGGAGAAGCUGCUGAAAAAGACCAAAGAGAAGGUGCUGAAUGUGAUUGAGAGCAGCAAUGGCUUGAGUGUCGACAUGGAGACGACGAUUGAGUUCACCAACGGCGGCGGCGCAUACCUGCCAGGCCUUGACGACAACUUCGUCACAGACCGCACAGUGACAUUCCCAAUGGUCCACAUGGUCCACUUUGACAGGUCAGGAAAGAUCACACAGAUCCGACAGUACUGGGACCAGGGCUCUCUUCUGAAGCAAGUCGACGUCAUUGGCGCGCGCUCUCGCAACUGGCCUAUCCGCGACAGCAGCGAGCAGAUUCGCUUGAUUGCAUCGAAUGCGGCAGCUGCACAGCCAGAGUCGAGCGCUUCGUCGCGCCCAUCAACGUCAGCCUCUCGUGGCGUAGAUGAGGUUUCCAUUAGCGAUCGUUCAAGGAGAUCAACAAACAAUGCCAUGAACGACCCGCAUGCAUCGCUUGCCCUCUUUGCGCCCCGCGAGGUGGACGAAGAAGAGUCUCGCAGCUCUGGUCCGUCAGCACCGCGCGCGCAGUCUGCGAAGCCUCCUCCACGCGAGUACUCCGAGCUGUUCGCUGGUGCGGACACUGGAUCUCCUUCACCAUCACCCCAGAGGAUCCCAGCCAAGGCUGGCAGCGGAAAGCACUACAAGCCGAACCGAUUGUUCGAGGAGGGCGAAGAAGAGCACCCAGUCGCCCCUAUGAGCAUCAAGACCAGCUCCAAGAAGUACGACCACUUCACUUUCGGGGAAGGCGAGGAGACGCCAAAGGUACGAGACACUUCACGACCGUCCAAGCACGACCAGAACCGCAACAGGAACGAUGCGCAUUGGGACUUCGACGACUUCGCUACCCCGGACAAGUCGAAGCCCAAGACGCUACCCAGCGCGGUUCGACACUUUGGCUGGAGCGACGACGAGGUUGGUGCUUUCUAUCAGCCAGAGACACAGGAUACCUCCCCUGUCCGCCGACCCAUCGUCCACAAGGCUCGCCCCGACCAAGACGCGCACUUCGACUUUGACGAUAACGGCACUCCUGAAGCUCAACGCGGCCCUGCACCCACCAAGGGCGGACGCAGCAACAAAGGCCAGGGCCUCUACUCCGACAACGUCACAGAUAACGCCGUCGACCCGGCCGAUGCCCGCGCCCUUUCGGACAUCACGAAGAACAAGAACCAGACCCGUAGUUCUAUGAAGACACACUGGGGCGUUGACGCCGACUCACCCGAUGGUCGUGGCAUAAACAUUGCUGGUAACGGCAUGGGUGGACGCAAGGGCACUGAGUGGUCUCUCUUCGAGGAGAGCCCUGAACCGGCGAAGAAGGAGAAUGGUGGUGGAUUCAGCAGGAGCGCGAGGGGAACUGCCAUCAAGACCGAGGGCGAUGGUAUGGGUGGACGCAAGGGCGCGGACAAGAGCUUCUGGGACUUUUAG